AAAAUCACGAUUUCUAACUGGUGGUGGAGAAUUCAUAAAAACAAUGGAUGACAUCGACGAAAAAGUAUUAUCCAUUGUUCAACCACAAAUGGAACCACUAAAAAAUAUUUACGAUAGUGACAGCAAGUUUGAAGAUAAUGAGCCUUCAGUGCAAAUAGAGAAACAAAUAGAAAAUCCUAGUUCAUCAGCUUUCGAGGAUAAUCUGGAGUAUAUAUAUAUUGUGUCUGAUGAUGGCCAUGAAAAUUUUGCAAGCACUUCUGGUAUGUUUAAAAGAAUAAAUAAAUAA